GAUGCACCUCUCCAAUCAUGCAUGCAUAUAGAUAUGUUUGUUUCAUUUGCAACUAGAAAGGAUAAGACUAAUGAAACGAUAUAACAGGGCAUUAUUUUAGCAAUGGCAGUGUGUCUAACGGAGCCGCUUUGUAAGCCGUGUAUGUAUCAUGUCAAAUUCAAAGUGGAACUGCACGUGAGGAAGUCCCUGCUGCCCGUCCACCUGAGCUGCGAACAGGUGGGGCUGGAGAUGCUGUGUCUGUGUGGUCAACUAGACCUCCUCAUCCGAGCUCAGGUUCACCAGUUUCAAGAACAGCUGACAGGAGAUUCUUGCACAGUGGAAUCGUAUGCACUUCAAAGACAAGGUGCAGAGAUUAUUGAACAAAUGCACAUGUGCCUUGAACACCUACCGAAACCAGCGCCAGGACUUGAAGACUACCUGGAUGUUGUGGGACUGUCCGCCAUGUUUCCUCGGGUGGAGAUCUUUGUUAUACAUGGAAGCCCUGUAGACAUGCUUGACAGACCAGACAUGGAUGAGUACUUUCCUCAUAUUGGGAGACUUAAUCAGCUUCUUGUUCUUUGCCAACAACUUGAAGAUGACAUCCGGCAUCUAGGCAGUCACAAAUAUAUUGCCCAUCAGCUUUCUGUCAUUUACCAAGUCCUCAGUUCUUUUAGGGGGAUCCCACCCCUUGCUGGCAUCAGGAAAGACAUUGAGGCUAAAUUCAAGGAGAUCAAGACGGCUCUGGUGCCCGCGGAAGGCUCCAAAGUGGACCCCCAGCUGCCCACACAACACAUCAACUGGAUACUUGACAUCACUCAGAGUUUAAUAUCAACAGUGUCUUCACUUCCUGAAGAACUUACCGAGGACCUUAACCAAGUGAUGGCCUUUGUUUCGAAGCUGAAAUAAUGACGUGUGUGUGUGUGUGUACGUGUGUACGUGUACGAUUACUCUUACAUCAUCAGCAAUUUAGACCCUCACUUGUGUCUUAACUGAAGGUCAUUUUGAAUGUUGUGUGUUGUCAUUUCGGUGUGUUGAAUGGAAAUAACGAGCAUGUGUCCAUCUAGGACUCUCGUACCACUUACAACAGGGGAAUUCACGAUUUUGUUAUUCCUAAGCAGUGGCACAUUUCACAUGUCAGAUUGAUAUGGCUCAUGAUUUGAGAAACACAUAUUUUAAAAGUGUGCUGUGCAUUCUUGUUAUUAUUUGUUAAAUGGCACUUGCUGCAAGAUGUAAAGAAAAAUAUAUUGCCAAGGAUUUCUACCAUUGUGCAUGUGCGUAUAUUUUCCAACUCAGAUGGCACUUGCCUCAUCCAUUUCUCUCCUGUAUUGAGUAAUAAGGGAUAUGAAUAUGGGUGGGUUUCAUUGUUAUUUCAGUGAAUCAUGCAUCAGCUGAUAUUUUGUGCUUGAAAUGAAAUGAGAACAUACCACAAAAUUGUA